UAAACAAAAAAAUUCGACCGUUAGCUCCUCUGCUUCUUUAACAAAAGAAAAAAACAGAGCUCUCUGUUAGUUUCCAACAUUAUAGAAGAGAAAAUCAAAAUCAACAGAAACAAUGACUACCGAUUACAUCUUCUCUGAAGAUGACAUGGUUGUUGACGAAGGAGUCGGGUAUCCGAAAUCCUACGCGAGGAUUUGUAGAGACCGUGGAGUUGGUUUGUACACCCACGGCCCUCCCUUUUGUUUCAGGCCUUACAGUUUGCAGCCAGAUGAGGCUUUGAGAGCUAAAGAAUUAGAAAAGAUGUUUCCAAUUAUUGAUCCAAAGGCUAAACCGACUAACAAGCCAAAGGUUUUCCUGAGUCUCUUAUGGAAACAGCUCAACCAUCUUGGGAAUGCUGGGUUUGAUCCUGCAGUGAUUCGAGUCGACCUGUAUGGAAAUGUGUUGUACUAUCAUGCUGAUUCUGCUUCUCCUCUUGCUUGGGACAUUGACCACUGGUUCCCUUGCUCAAGGGGAGGAUUGACAGUUCCAAGCAAUUUAAGAAUAAUACAGCGGCAAGUGUUCAAAAGAAAGCACCAUAAGCUUGAGUUUCUUGUACCGUGGUGGGACUUGCAACUGGGUAUAUCAAUAAACCAGUUUUUGUCAAUCUUUGCUUCUUCAAAUUCGGAUUUCAGGCAUAGGGCGUUUUCAUUCUUGUUCAAGGAAGGUGAAUAUGAAGAGAUAAAUGACUCACAGACUGUAGAGUCACACUGUUUUCCGCGCCAUUUUGUUGAAUCCAAAGAGAAAAUGGGCCUAGCUCCGGCAGCCAUUGUUCUAUCUCGAGGGGAGUCUCAUGAUUCUUCCAUAGCCUUAAAAUCAUUAGACUACAAUAGACAGAUGAGGUCACAGUCUCCUGCAAUUGCAGCAAGAAAAGGGAAACAUAUUGUCUCGAAAGAGAAUGAAAACCCGGACUAUGCAACAAAUCCAUAUCAGGCCAUUGUUGUGGCCAGGGAUUCUUUGAAACAAAGAGAAGAAAGUCAAAAGAUGCAAGCGGAAAUACAGAAAUUGAAUGAGGAAGUGAGUGAUAUGAGGAGAAGAAAUGAAGAAGAGAAGCUUACCAUUCAAGACUUGGAGUUUGAGCUGAUAAAAAGGAGAAGAAGAGCAGAAAAGUGCAGGCGCCUAGCAGAAGCACAAUCUUCAUACAGGACUAUGCUAGAGAAGAUGAUUCGAGAUGCAAUGCACCAGAGCGUUGUUUAUAAGGAACAAGUGAGGUUAAACCAAGCUGCAACAAAUGCGCUAAUGGCGAGGCUUGAAGCACAGAAAGCUAUCUGUGAUGCCUCAGAGAGAGAACUCCACAAGAAAUUCAAGCAACGCGAAGAGAUUGAGAAUCAGAUAAGGCCUGAGUGGGAGCAAGGCAGGAAGAGAUCAAGAAUGGAUGAUACCUUAUUUGAUGAGAAAGACAAUAGAACAUUACUUUAUCUACCUGGAAUCAGGCCAAGAACACCCUUACACAAAGAACUGAGGGUGUUUCUAGAGGAGGAACAGAAAGCAUCAGAGGCUGGAUUAAGCGAUGAACCAAACCUGGGGAAAAGUUAUUCUAGAGAAAAACUCAAAGAGCACGAUAAGUCCAUCGUUGCAUUUGAGGGUCACAACUCUAUUGAAGAUCAGCUGAAGAGGCUAGAAAUUGGGAAAGAUGAAGGACAUAAUUUGCAAUUCCCAGGUGUUAGCAAACCAGAAAUUGAGGAAGAUGAAGAAAGCAGAAAGCAGCGUGGGAAAGGGAAUGUGGAGAGGUGGCUCCAAAUGCUAUUAGAGAACACUCAAGAAGAGCAGGAGCCUGAAGAUGCAAACGAGGAAGAAACAAGCAGAACUGACAACAGAAUCAGAAAGCUAGACCAGAAGUAUCCACAGAAAGACAAAGAUAUACAAGUACCUGAGAAGGACGUUAGAAAGAAGAAAGAAGAAGAGAUCACUGAGAUAGAGCCUGCCACAGAACAAAGCAACACAACUGAAGCAGAAAAUGUGACCGAAGAAGUUGGAAGUAGCAAGAACUUUGAAGAGAAGGAAAAAAUACAGAAGCAACAAGUGAAGGAGAAACCGUUAGUGAGGUCUGAGAGUGCCAGGGGCUUCAGGAGAAUCCCAUCUUCUCCAUCUUUAAUCUUGAAAAAGGGAGUAGACUGCAUACGCAAGAAGCCCCUAGUUAUUGGCGAUGAUGAGGGUUAUGAGGAUAUUACUGCAGGCAACAAUUUCAUUGAGUCAUCCAUCAAGAAUAUAAAGAGAGCAGUGAAGAUAUAAGACUUCAAUUCUGUUAGUUCUAUACAUUUAAUUUGUAUUUAAAAAAUUGCUAUUUCUUCAUUUGUUAUAUGUGUGCGCUAAAAUGUUUUCAUUUAGCUACCUUGUGCUAAAUAAUUGAGUGAUUUGAGCAUGCAGUUGUCUUUAUGUGUGUAUAAAUUUGGCUGUGCCAGAUAUAAAAGCUUCUUGUUUUAUAAAUAGAAUCAGUUUCAGUUAAUUUCA